AUGUUGGUCGAACCGCUGUUCUUCAUUGGGCUCUUCAGCUACACGAGCGCCAAAUCGGGCAACGAGUUCGUCGAUGCCAUCGUUUCUCAUCUUCGAGUGAGUCCGUUCUUGGUGGAUUCGUUGAACACGACGAGCUACAAAGGAAGUUUCCAAGUCCAAGAUAGCAUAAAGAUGUCCAAUAUAACGGCAGAGAAUCUCCUGAAUCUGAAACGAGUCGGGGACGCUACAAUCAAUGUUGAUGCCCUCGGGGAACUGCACCUCAAGACUAGCCUCGCCUUAAACGACAUCGUUGUGAGGGCAUACUACGAUUACCAGAGUUGGCUGAACCUGAACGGGAAAAUCGGUCUGAAGCUCCCCAGUCUCACCAUGGACAUCCACGCAACUCUCGGGAAUCUGACCAGUAUGACUCUGAGGAAUUUCCGAGUCCGCGACGUGUCAGCUCCUAAAGUGGUGGAUUUCUCUGGUACCUCAUCGCUCUUCAACUGGCUCGGAGCCCGUAGAGUUGAGAUGUUCAUCAAUCAAUCGACGAAGCUGAUCGUGGAGAAUAUUGAGAGCUUCGUUCAUAGUGGCAUGACGAGCGUCAUGACUAAUGAAAGACGCUGUAUGCCUUUGAGGAAAUACGACUCGGGAGUCGCUUCCGAGCUCGAGUGGAUCGACGCGUCGGGGAUUUCGGAAUUUCGCGAUUAG